GAUUUCGUGAGGAUUUCGAGUCCGGACUGUCGGUCAUGCGCCACAAAAGCCCACGCCACGUACCGGGGAUAUUCUUUUACUCCGACGGCUCCAUAUCUGCGGGACUAGCUAGUCAGGAGGCCCCAUUGUUAUGCCACCCACACUAAGAAGUCACCAAAGCCAUAAGUAGCCUGUCAACCCCAUCAACAGUUCUAGCGGCAAUUUAAAAAACAUUCAUUCAUUUCACCGACAAUGAACACUCAAUGACAAUGAGCCUACAGUUUUUUCCAGCUCCCAACCCAAACAAAACUGGGGUUUUAAUAGCCCCGGGGGGCGGCUACUCCUACGUAUCAUAUGACAAGGAAGGUUCCUCGCCGGCGAAAUGGUUGAAUGAGCACGGAUUCGACGCCUGGGUCCUCACAUAUACUUGCGCCGAUGGCGAUACUCCCGCUCCCAUCUAUCCAGCCCCUAUGGAAGAAGCUCUGGACGCUGUGAAGAAGAUCCGCACCGAGGGCCGCGUCAGCAUACUUGGAAUUUGGGGAUGGUCAGCUGGCGGCCAUCUGGCUGCCAUAACCGCCACGACGCCUGAGAUAAAGCUCGACUUUGCGGUUUUAUCGUAUCCGGUGAUUUCUAUGGAAGAUCCGAUUACUCACCCCGGCUCGCGACAAAAUCUGCUCGGUGACAAAGCUUCUCUUGAGUUGGUACAGGAUAUGUCCGCACAGAACCGUGUCUCUAAAGCGACGCCACCUACCUUCAUCUUUCACACGGCCAACGAUGGCCCAGUUCCUGUACAGAACUCACUGCUUUUCGCAACUGCCAUGGCGCGGUAUCAGAGGUCCUUUGAGCUUUUUGUAUUGCCAAAUGGCCCGCACGGCAUUGGCAUGGCUAUUGACGACCCGGAAUUGACUUGGACGGCGGAACUUGAUCGCUGGCUUCAGAAAUUCAUCACGGCCUAGUAAUACCUGACAAUCGAGGUGGAAAUGGAUUUGAUGGCAUGAGCGUAUUCUGGAACGUUAUGCGCAUUAUGUUACAGAUUCAUUGUUAGACAAAACAUAGAUUAUCUUGAUAGACGUCAAUUUUAUUAGAAAUAAUUCGUCUACCAAUAACGUAGGUGUAUAGCGAAUGUCACAGACAAGCGAAUGUCACACUCUGGCGUGCCACCGUGACUGUCCCACGAAGCAUUACAUUUCUCCCCC